GUAUCUUAUGUUAUAAGCGCAGUGGUCAAAUUGUGCUGACUUUAACGUAUGCUAGGUGCGCUACAUUGGAAUAUCAUAUUCUAUCAUCUACAUGCUGGCGUAUAUCCAAGUCCCGAUUACAGAUUCAGUGGGCACUAUUUUUUGGUUUGUCCAGGCGUGGGCCCCUAUUGUCGUCAAUGUCAUGUUGGGCAUCGUCAUGAUGACUCGGAUACAUGCCAUGUAUCAGGGAUCCAAAAAGAUUCUCAUCUUUCUCCUUGUGGUUUUACUGGCCUCCACGAUUGCUGCUGUUGUUAUGACAGUAAUUGCAAACCUGGGUGUUUCAGGGGAGGAGUCCAUCCUUUCUGGACACCAUAUGUGUUUUUCCAACAUCAACAUAAACCAGAUAGAACUUGAUAGCGAGACCUAUAUACCCGCCGUAGUAUGGGAAAUUCUCGCCUUUUUUCUUGCAGUCUGGAUUGUUAUCAAACACAUCCGUGAACUGCGAUAUUCGUCGGCAGGAACGACCACUGGAGACUAUUUCACAGUGUUAGCACAAAGCCACGUGCUGUAUUUUCUAUCCUUUGCUGUUGUGUCUUGUCUCGACCUCGGCUUACUGUCUCCAAAUAUCUUUCACUCAACUUCUGUGGGAGAUGGUGUUUAUGGCGGUGCUCUCCAAAUCGUCCAGAUGUUGCAGAUGUUUGUGCUGGGACCACGUCUGAUCCUCAGCGUUCGGGAAUAUCACGCCAAGCUUCUGGCCAGGUCAGAUGGGGGAACUGACAUGACUACAAUUUUUUUUGAGGAGCUUAGACAUGUGUCGACUAGUGGUGGUAUGGGAGAUAAUCAACCCUGGGUACUUGGCAGGGAACACGUAGAUUUUGCUUGAAGUUUCGUUGUGGUAUUUAUCUAGAGCAUCGUGGUAUCUAUUUACUUUUCCGAACUGA